AUGGAGACCCUGAUGGGACAGGUAGAGGCUUCGGCGUGGCUCCAGCAAGUCUUCCAGCUCCUGGGCAACUAUUUGGUGUCCGAACGGGAAGCAGAGCGCCUUUUGGCCCUGCAGCUCGGCACGCGUUUGCUGAGGACCCGGCGGCAGAAGACGGGGCCCUUCCCAGAGGCCCAGUGGGGCCCUUUUGGCCUCUUUGUCGGGGCCUUGGCCCCAUUGACCUUUGACACCCGGGGCCCGGUCCGGCGAGAGGCAGCCAGUUGCAUUGGACUCCUGCUUAGCCUCCAAGGCAUCGUUGUGCCUCGGAAGCUCAACGGGGAGGAAUGGCACAUGCGCUGCAUCCGCCAGGAUCUCUUCUGCGAAGACACCAAGAAGGGGGAAACCGCCUCCUGCCAACUGGCCAAGGUGGUCAGCUGGGUCUUGCCUGCAGACGAGGUCUUGCCCUUCCUGUGCUCCUUGGUCAAUCAAAUGGGGGCGGUCAGCCCCGACUGCGACCGGGCCGCCCUUCUGUGGUUCGAGGUGGCCGUCCAGCACUGGAGGAUGGAGCCGGGCGAUGAGUCCAGGCAGGUGGGCUCCCUGGUGGGCUGCCUCUGCUCCCGGCUGGAGAUCUCAGAGGGACCCGAUCCGUUGCACUGCUUGACCAGCGGGCUGUGCGUCCUGGCGGAGCGGCACCCCAACGCCACCUGCCUCUCCCUCUUGCAGCGCAAGGUGCUCCCCAGGAGGAAGGAAAUUUGGAUGGCGCUCACCACCUGUAAGGCCCUCUCGACCUCGAUCUUGGAGUUAGUGUUGAACUGGAUGGAACCAUGGCUUGUGGGGCCAAGCGGCUUGGUGAAUCUGCCGCCUACGGGACUUCAGGCUCUUCGGGAUGUGAUCUUAGCCCUGAAAGGCUGCGCUGAACUGAUCCCGCUCCUCUCGGACCUUUGCUAUAGACUUCUGUGCCAACUCAGCCAGGAAAUUCCUGCCUCGUGUCCGGAUCUCAGCGGGUUGGUGAUUGAGUUGAUCCAAACCAUCGUCCGCAAAGCUUGUCCUGAGGCUGCGGCAGAGAUGGACACGGGGGAUGUUUGGACUCUGCUGAAGGAACCCAGUCGCAUCCAUGAAAGCAUCGUCCUUCUGGGCAGAGCCUUCUCAACAUGCUCAGAGGACCUCUUCCUGGAUGGGCUACUACAGCGUUUCCUCCCUCCUCUAAACAAGCCCAGUGGGAUCUUCAGAGACCUCAGCUUGGCCUUCUGUGUUGAGCUCACAGAGCACCUGAUGGUGCAUAAGCCGGAAGUGCGGACGCCACUCCUGCAAAGUUGGCUGCACGAAGCCAAGGAAGGAGAGCCUAUGCCACGUGCCAUGGCCAUUCGAGGGCUGCGGAACACGGCAAAUGCAAUGGCGACAUCAAAGGUAGGGAGCAUAUCACAGCAGGAAGAAUUAAAGGGAAACACCGAGAAUUUUCUAGAGUCCUUGUUCGGGCGCCAAAAAUGUUGA